CUCUGUAUUUUUCCAUUUUGCCAAGUUAAAAAGCUCUCUUAAUACCAAACCUUUGUCAAAAUUCCUCUUCCACUGCCAUCUCUGAAUUUGAUCCCGUAUGCCUCCCCAUGACCUCCGCCAUCACCACCGCCCACACGGUGGUGCUCCGCCGCAACAUCUACCGCCAAAACCAAAUCAAGAAGUCCUUUCCAUGAUCCUCAAAGUUAUUAUAAUGACUGCCAUAACCGCCCUUUUCUUUUUGUUCCUUGGAGUCGCAGCCAUCCUUCUCCUUCUUGCCACCGCCGCCCUCCACCGUCACUCUGGGCCUUCCAAUUCUGCAGAUGGGUUGUCUAUCAAAGACCUAAAGAAGCUCCCACAAUUCAAAUUUUCUCGGAGAUCGAAUCCUGAAGCCGAAGCCGAUUGUGUGGUUUGUUUGGAAGGGAUAAGGCAAGGUCAAUGGUGCAGGAAACUUAUCGGAUGUGGGCAUGUGUUCCAUAGGAAGUGUGUGGAUGCGUGGCUGGUUAAGGUCUCUGCGUGCCCCGUUUGUAGGACACGGGUUCGGUUGGGUUCGGGGACUCUGCUUGAGGAUAGGCCGCUGUGGGGAUUUGGUUGGACUAAUGAAUCUAGGGUUUGGUAGAUAUUGUAAGUUCUUGAUAAAAUUUCGAACUCUUUUUUUCUGUACCAUAUUUGAUUUAGAAUUUUGAAUUGCAGAAUUUCUGGUUUUGGCUUAUAAUUCUUGUUCAUGGGUGGGUUAUUGAGAAUAUGAAGUCACAAUUUGGAUUGCUAGAUUCAUGAUAGUUAGAUGCCAAAAGAAGAAUGAUGGGAAUUAAGAUUUUCUGAUUCGAAUAAUUUGAAAAAUAAUGAAUUCCAGGCUCAUUUAUUUUCA